UUGGUUAGUACUGGGCGCAUUUAAAAGGAAAAAGAAAGGCACAAGUAGCAAUAUUCUUCCGAUAAAUCAACCCGCUUCUUGACUCGUUCUUGGCGGCUAAUUCGUUUUUUUUUUAAAUCUGGCCUCGGCUCCUUCCUUAACCCGCUUUUCCAUUUCUGGUCCGAAUCAAACCACGCGGCCUGUUGUCGUUGAAUCCAUCUCAAGGGUGGAGGAAAGGUAGGAUCUCCAGUGCCGAUUCUUGGAGGAAAACCAGGAGCGCAGCGGGUUUUGGUGCUUCUUUAGGGUUGUGUUCUUGCAAAGUUGCUCCCAGGCAUGGGGACUAAUCGGAGGAGCGCUCCGGCGGUGUGCGUCUUGUUCUGGUUCUUGAUGGCGUCUGAGUUGUGUGCAUCUCUGAACCACGAAGGUGUUGCUCUUCUGAGGUUUAAGAAGAUGAUCCAUGUGGAUCCAUAUGGUGCUCUGUUGGAUUGGGAUGAAGGGAGUUUCAGCCCUUGUUCUUGGUUCGGUGUGCGGUGCUCCGAUGAUGGACAAGUCACGUCCCUGAACUUAGAAAAUCUUGGUCUAAAGGGCAUCUUAUCUCCAGAGAUUGGAAAGCUUGUGCAUAUGCAUUCUCUCAUUCUGCACAACAACUCCUUCUAUGGUAUCAUCCCUACAGAGAUACAUGAUCUAAAGGAGCUAAAGAUGUUGGAUCUGGGAUACAAUAAUUUCAGUGGACCAGUUCCGUCAGACAUAAGAAACAUUCUUUCUCUAGAAUUUCUCUUUCUUAAAGGCAACAGAUUUUCUGGUGCUUUGCCAGUUGAGUUGCAUGAGCUUACUAGGAUAUGUGAAUCUCAAGAUCAAGGCAUAACUAGGUUAAAUAGGAUAUCUGCUGCAAGAAAUGUGGGGAGUGCUACAACCAGAAGACUUCUAGCGAGCAAACAAAAAGAUUCAUUAGAGACCAAGAUUGUUGGUUCUGGAACUCCCACAUCUGCAUCCUUAGUCUCUGAACAAAGGUUUUUUGCUUAUCCACCAACGCAUUUUAAAGGGAAUACAGAAAGACCACCUUUUUUGGACCCCAGAGUCUCUCCACCUCCAUCUCCACCGCCGCCAUCUCCUUCUGAACCCAUUCCACCCCCACCUGUAUCUCCCGACACAGAGCAUACCGCAAACCAAGAGAACAAGAGCAGCAAUUCUUCAACAGUCUAUGCAUCGAUUGGAGCAGCAAUUGGUUUUGUGGUGGUAGCCUUGUCAGCUGUAUGCUUCUUUUACUAUCGCCGCAGAAAAACUAGCACUGUUGUGCCCUUGUCUGCAACUUCAAGCAGGCAAUUACAGACCACUACCGUGGGAGAGAUAACUUUACUCAGACUGUCCGAGCUUGAAAAAGCUUGCGAAGGUUUCAGCAACGUAAUUGGCACACUACCUGGAUGUACACUGUAUAAAGGCACUCUCCCAUGUGGAGCGGAAAUAGCUGUGGUGUCUACAUCAGUAGCUUAUGCAGGAGGUUGGUCCGCUAUAGCUGAAGCACAUUACAAGAAUAAGGUUGAAGCCUUCUCAAAAUUGGACCAUAAGAAUCUCAUGAACCUUGUGGGGUACUGCGAAGAUGAAGAGCCAUUCACUCGGAUGAUGGUGUUUGAGUAUGUUUCAAACGGAUCUCUAUUUGAGCACUUGCAUGUUAAAGAAGCCGAACACCUGAACUGGCAAUCACGCCUACGGAUAGCUAUGGGAGUAGUCUACUGUCUGGACUACAUUUACCAGCAGAACCCUCCCGUGAUCCUAAGAAAUCUAACCAGUUCAUGCAUAUACUUGACUGAAGACAAUGCUGCAAAGAUUUCAGACAUCAGUUUUUGGCAUGGCGAGAAAGAAGAGGAAGAUGAAGUCGAUGCCUCUGAUGAGUACAACACAGUGUAUAAGUUUGCUUUGCUACUGCUUGAGAUGAUCUCUGGAAGGCGUCCAUAUUCUGAUGACGAUGGCCUCCUUGUUCUAUGGGCACACAGAUAUCUCACUGGUGUUAAUCCCAUGAUGGGUAUGGUUGACCCAACACUAAAUUCAGUCCCUGAUGAGCAUGUCAGAGCUCUCUCGGAGCUGAUUGGGUUAUGCAUAAGCGAGGACCGCAGGCAGAGGCCAACAAUGGCUGAGGUCACCAAGAGGAUGCAAGAGAUCACUGCGAUUACUCAAGAUCAAGCAAUUCCAAGGAACAGCGCAUUGUGGUGGGCUGAACUUGAAAUCAUCACAUCAUAGUGCAAUUGUCUUGCAGAGGAUCUGCAAUACUGUCCAUUUCCUAGGAGAAAUAUUGAAGGUUGUACAGUUUAGUGUUUUUAGGCAUGGCAUACGAUUGUACAGAUAUGCUUGAGUACGCUUUUCUCUCAUUCUUUUUUUGUUUUCA